AUGUUUAUUAUUUUUUUAUUAAAAAAUUAUGGCUGUAUAUUAAAAGAAAACAAUGAAAUGGCAAUUGUCGAAGUACAUCAUUCUAACGGCUCUUUAGACAAUAGCAAUGAUGUUAAUACAAAGCCAAGUACAAGUAAAGAAUCUUGUGGUAUAACUAUUGAUAAACAGGCAAAUAGUAAUAAUGUAGGAACAGUGGAAGAAGAUAAUAAAAAUAAGCGGGAAAAUAUUACUGGCGAACUUGAUUUGGAUUUGUGUGAUUCAUAUUCUACAGAAGAAUCACCAGUUUCUGUUGUGAAGAGUAUAUUUAUAUUUAUACUUGUAUUGUGUUGUGUUUUAGUACCUGUAAGUCUAGUGGUAGCAUUUACAAAGCCUGCUAGUGUAUAA